ACCAAACAGUGCUCAGCUUUUUCUCUCACUACAAUUCGGAAACGUCACGUCCUGUAGUGGAGCAUUGUGGGAACGGCGGAUGAUGGCUAAAGCUAGUAGCAGUGCUGGGGUUGUUGCGCAGGACUCUGCUCUGUUGCUGCAUCCCGAACUGCUCUCCCGGGAUUUCUUACUGCUUUCCCUGGAGCGGAGAAACAUUCCAGUUGAAGAUGCUUUUAACGACAAAGAAAAGCUAACCAAGAUCUUUGUACAGCAUGCUAUGCCUCUGCCACAGAGGGAUUUACCCAGGAACCGAUGGGGUAGAAUGAUGGAAAGCAAGAGAGGGGAGAAGAAAAUUACAACUGUGCAGAAAAGUGCUGGCACCGAAGGCGUGAGAAAACGACCCCCUAUUGUUUUUGAUGGAUGUUCAACCAGUACGAGCAUAAAGGUGAAGAGAACAGAAAAUGGAGACGCAUUGCAACGACUUAAUCCCUCCCCGAAGGAGAGUACGAAUAGCACACAAAACAGCAGCCCUGCUCUCCAACUUGGCUUUACCACUCCAAACAAAGAGGCUAAGGGGGCCUCAGCUGCCAAUCAUGGACAGCAUGACAGUUCACCAGUCACUGAUACAACACUAAUUUCACCAAAAAGUGCCAAAUUACAACAGCCCAUAAUCGUGAGUGCUGUAAAGCUAAAAAGGACUGCUCCAAAAGAUGAAUCUGAUGUGGCGAAUGAUGCAAAGCCAACCGAAGCAAAAAAGAAGAUCCAACAUGUUACUUGGCCGUAAAGCUUUUAGGAUCUAGAAUGUCCUCUUCCUGGUUAAGAAGAAAAACAUGGCAUGUCAAUAUGGAACUUUAUAUGCCCUUUACAAGUCAUGAAAGGACUGGGGUCACAGCUGUUUUCCAAGAGAGUACUGUUCUUAUUACCAAGGCCUUGUCAAAUGUGUCAACAGUGUAUUUCACCUAAAGUAUUUGUUGUGGGGUGUGUGUGGCUGGGGGUGAGAUUUUUACAGUCCCCCAUUAAUACUAAUGCAGUAUUUAUUCAUUCACUAAUAUGACUGUGCAGUGGAUCUUGGAAGGAAAUAAAACACUGUGCUAGGAAACGUAACUGGAACAAACUAUGUUCUCUGUUUUUAGCAGAUAUUUGAAUGGAUGACUGUCUUCUUAGUAUGUUUCAGGAGAUAUAUGGUUUGUUAAUAAGACUUCUAGCUUUCUUAGUGUCUCUGAGCAUUUUUUAGCUCUAUAUUGUUUACAUCGGGUGCAUUAAAAAAAUAACAAAAUGAAAUAAAAAUAUCCCAGUGUUGUAUAAAGAAACACUGUCUUUCAAUGUUUUAUAUCCAUAAAAAAUCAUCAGUUAAAGAUCUUUUUCCUCUGAACAGAUCAUAGUUUCUUUCCCCAAGAAGUUGUUGUUAUGGCAUGCCCUGAAGGUGCUUUUUUUUAUGGUAUUUACACGAUCAGCAUAAUAUCAUUGUUUUAAUGUGAAGUUGACUAAGCUUCCCUUUGUGACUAAAGAUCUUGUGUUUGCUGCAGUGACCCUUUAAUUAGUGUCAGUAUUCUAACCCUAUAUUUAAAAAUGUGCAUAUCUGUCAACAUUUUUUAUAUAUGUCACUUGUCCGAAAGAUGUUCUAAUAGCAUCUCUGCAUUAUCCAGAGACAAGCUUAACUCUUUGAAGCAAUGCUAUUAGUAUAAAUAAGGGUUUGUAAGGGUUACACAGCAUUUUCUAUAUUCUUAUUUCAAAUAUCUGUUCACUUGAAUGCCCCAGUAGUAGUCUUUUUUCAGUUGAUCCUCUACUUCCAUCUAGUCCAGGCAAUGGGAACUGCGAAGGACUUUUUAAAGGCACAGUAAUUAAUUAAAAUAAAAAGUACUGUUGCCCUGCAUUGGUAAAACUGUUGUGUUUUGUUUCAGAAAGACUAAUACAGUUUAUAUGAAUAAGCUGCUGUGUAGCAAUAGGGAUAGCCAUUCAAGUUAAAAUAGGGAUAACAAUUCCAUUGUACUCUACAGAGCUUAACUGUUUUGUAACUUGUGCCUUUUCUCCUUUUCAGCUUUGAAUGGCUGUCACUAUGGCUUAUACAGCAGCUUGUUUAUAUAAACUGUAGUUGCUUUUCUGAAGCAAGCACACAAUUUUUAAUUUAUUUUUUUAAAUUAAUUUUAAUUACUUUAAAACACUUGUAUUUUUUGGUGUUACUGUUCCUUUAAGUAAAUUACCUAGUUUACAUUGCUUAAUUGCUAUAUUUGUUUUGCUGCUUAUUUUAAUCAUCAGGGAUUACACAACUUUAACGUAGUUACAUUUUUUAAAACUGGAAAAUAAAUAAAACUCUUGUGCUGGAGACAAAGCAGGCACUUAUUUCUAUAAACAGUAUAAGUGCAUGUAGUUCAUUUGCUGUGUCAAACACUUGAUUUCUACUACCAGUUCUUGCUUGGCAAGUUGCCUAUAAGUACUAAAUAGAAGUCAGAAGGAACGGUGGUACCUCUCACUUCUAGAUACUGUUUCAGGGCAGUCCAGCUAUAAUCGGAUGGGAUGGCAUGGCAGGACUGUCUGACCCCUGAGGUCUUCAUAGUAAGUGUCAGUGGCAUUGCUAUGACUCCGGUAAGGUACAUUUUUCUGAUGGUAUGCAUGUUAAGUAGUUCUAGGACUAUUUUCCCUUCAGUUAAAGAGAAAUGUAUGUAAAGGGAAGUUUCUGUUUGCCUUAAAGAA